AUGGACGACCUCCCCGCGCUGCGCUGGUCCGCCGCGUACACGGCACUCCAUCCGACGCUGACGUCGAUCAAGAAUCUUUCGGGCGACAAGAUCAUCCUCCCCCCAUCCGCUCUCGAGCAGCUCCUCGCCGCUGCCCCCUCUCGACGGCCGACGGGUGCCGCCUUUGGCUCCGUCGACCCGUUCGGCGCCCACGACGGCGGCCUCCACGGGGGGCCGCGGGAAAACGGCGAGCAGCUUCCGCACCCCCUCAUGUUUCGGCUGGUGAACCCGGCCAACGGAAACGUCGUCCACGCCGGCAUUCGGGAGUUUUCGGCGCCCGAGGGAACCUUGGGCCUCAGCCCGUUCCUCAUGGAAGCCUUGGCCGUCGACCCGAAGCAUCUCGCCACGGCGGCGGAGUCGGCGGAGUCGGCCGUCGACCGACCGACCGAGGACGCGGUCCCUUUGCCCCUCCGCAUCACCGUGCACGCCCAGCAGCUGCCCAAGGGCACCUACGUCCGGCUGCGGCCGCUCGAGGCGGGAUACGACCCGGACGACUGGAAGUCGUUGCUGGAACGCCACCUGAGGCUUCACUUCACCUCCCUCACCAAGGACGCCGUCCUCGCCGUCCAGGGCGUGCGGGGCGAGACGUUCAAGUUCCUCGUCGACCGGUUCGCGCCGGCGGGGGACGGCAUCUGCGUCGUCGACACGGACCUCGAGGUCGACAUCGAGCCGCUCGACGAGGAGCAGGCGCGGGAGUCGCUGCGUCGAAUCGCGUCGCGGGCCCACGCCGCCUCGUCCCGCGGCAGCUCCCAAGGCGGCGAGCUGAGCAUCUGGAAGGAGGUUGGCGGCCGGGUAGCACCGGGUGACCAUGUCGACUUUACCCUGCCGUCGUGGGACCGCGCGCGGCCGCUCGUCGUCGCCCUCGGCGGCGCGCAGGGGCACGGCCUGGACCUCUUUGUCUCGCCCAAGUCGUCCCGGCAGAGGGUGCCGCCGCGCGAGUCGAAUCACGUGUUUGGAGACUUUGGCCCCUCGGAGGGCGGCAUCAAAUCCAUCGCCGUGUCUCCGACGGACGCGGCCAUGGACGGCGCCGAGGCCAUCAUGGUGUCGGUGUACGCGCCGGCCGAGCGCAUGCCCUCGUCGGACGCCGUCCCGUUUACGCUACGGGCCCGGGCCGCCGCCGCCGCCGCCGACGACGACGACGACGAGCGGGCGGCCGACGGUUCGACGAGCGUCGAGGGCCAAGGCCACGGGGCCGACGCGGAGCGAUGCGAAAACUGCCUCCAGUGGGUGCCCGGGAGGACCAUGGUCCUGCACGAGAGCUUCUGCCGCAGGAACAACGUGGCGUGCGCGGACUGUCGAGCCGUCUUCCGCAAAGGAUCGGCCGAGUGGGAGGCGCACUGGCACUGCGGCCAAGACGAGGCGUGCGGGGACGACGCCGCGGGCAAGGCUCGGCACGAUCAAGUGUUCCACACGCAUCACCGGUGCCCGGCGUGCGACGUCGUCGCCCCCUCGCUGCCGGACCUCGCGAGGCACCGCACGACGGUCUGCCCGGGCAAGCUCAUCCUGUGCCGCUUCUGCCACCUCGAGGUGCCGCAGGAGGGAGACCCGCUGCGGCCGGCGGCCGAGGUGACGCUGUCGGGCAUGACGGCGCACGAGCUCGCCGACGGUGCCCGGACGACCGAGUGCCACCUCUGCGACCGGAUCGUCCGGCUGCGCGACAUGGAGACGCAUCUCAAGCACCACGACCUCGACAAGGUCGGGCGGGCGAAGCCCGACACGUGCCGCAACCCGCUCUGCGGCCGAACGCGGCACGGCGUCGGGCCCAAGGGUCGCGUCGGCGUCGGCGUCGGCGCCGCGGGCCAAGGUCCGGCCAACGACGUGGGCCUGUGCUCCGUGUGCUUCGGGCCCCUCUACGUGAGCAUGCACGACCCCGACGGCAGGGCGCUCGCGAGGAGGAUGGAGAGGCGCUACCUGCAGCAGCUCAUGACGGGCUGCGGCAAGGCGCACUGCGCCAACGAGCGGUGCCGGACGGGACGGGCCAACGCCGGCCUCGAACCGCUCGCCUCGGAGGCCAAGGCGGCGCUGCCCGAGGCGAGGCGGCUGCUCGCCGACGUCGACGGCGAGGCGGCGCCGCUGUACUUUUGCGUCGACGAGGCGAACCAGCAGCGGAGGAGGGCGGCCGAGAGCGUGGCGGCCGACAAGGUCUGGGAGCUCGCCUGGUGCGUCGCCGCGGCCGAGGCGGAAAGGGGCAACGUCGCGAGGAUGAGAGAAUGGCUGCAGGCGUGGGCGCCGAGGCGGUAG